GAAAUGAAUGAUGAAAGUGUUGAUAUUAAGGAUGAUUGAAAUUUUAAAUGACCCAUAAAUUUUAUAUUUAUAAAAAAAAAGAGGAUGACAGGCGUAUUUAAAUAUUUAGCCAAAAUAUUAUACAGUGCUUCGAGACCCAGUGUGCUAUGUGUUCAAAGAUGCUAUACUACAAAGCGAUCUGGACAAAAACUUGAAUUAACUCUAGCGAUUCUCAAACCUGAUGUAACCUCCCGUCCUCACAUUGUUGAAGAUAUUCAUGAAAUUAUCAAAGAAAAUGGAUUCUUCUUUGUGGCCUCUAAACAUUUACAUUUGACUCGUGCUGAUGCUGAAGAAUUCUAUAGGGAACAUCAUGGUAAAUUUUUCCAUAGCCGCUUGGUGAAUUUCAUGUCAAGUGGGCACAUAUGGGCUCAUAUCUUGGCCCGUGAAAAUGCUAUUGCCCACUGGAGAAAACUUAUGGGCCCCACAAAAGUGUUCAGGACUAUUCAUUCAGACCCACAUUCAAUCAGAGGAUUGUUUGGACUGACAGACACAAGAAACGUGUGUCAUGGCUCAGAUUCACCAGACAAUGCAUUGCAAGAAAUCAAGUUCUUUUUUCCAGAAUUUGAUGCCAGAAAAUGGUACCAGGAUGAUGAACCUUUCUACUGCCAUGAAAAUGUAACAUUUUGCAAUGAAUCCAUGGUCCAUGUUCUAAACAAGAACCAAGAAAAUAAAUCUGAUGCAUGUUAAUA